AUGGCUGGUCCUCGGAUUGCCUGCAUUGGAGUCAUUGGGAAAACAGAUAAUCCGCUCCACAUUUCGCUGUUCCCUCCAUACACAGAUGCCACCAUUGAAUUCUCAUUCUUACUCAACUCUUGUCUCGACAUCUUCGAGAUCCGACGCAAGCAAACCUCCAUCGACCAGGACCUCGGUCUGCUACAUGCGAUUGACGAAAGACUUGCCGCCUACGGAUGGCUGACCACAACCGGGGUCAAGCUACUGAUCAUCGUGGAUCUGUUCGGCCAGGAAGCUAUGAGCGCAGGCAAGCCUGCUGGACCUGCGGUCAGCGGCAUGAGAGAUUCUGACCUGAAGCCGGCAUUCCGAGCAUUGCAAAGUGCAUACAUUCAGCUCUUGCAGAAUCCCUUCUAUUCCCCAGACGACCAUGCGCCGACACCCGGAGCGACCGCAGGCGCAGCCUCCGCUUGCCAACCCGUCUCCAACCCAAAGUUCAUAGCAGAUGUACAACGUAUCGGUGAAUCGUGGGCUCCGGGCACCGCUUUAUAG